GGAAAAGGCAUUGUGAAAGGUAAAUCCAGAAAUUCGAUGUUUACUUCCGAUGGCAUGCACAUUAAGGGAGAAAAGCCCAAUAAAGAAGACAAAGUAGCGUAACAUUCAUUUUAUUGAUGGCGACAAAUACAUGUCAUGUAUCAAUAAAGCAGUCAGGUAAAAGCAUCCAAUCUAAGUCUCUUAACCAUGUUUUGGGCAGCCUGGAUGAGAUUCAUGUGCAGCCAUACAAAGUAUUUGUCAAAGAGGAGCAGAAGAAGUUGCAUGAGCAUUGGUUGCAAUUGGUGAUCAAAGACCUCCCUGUAGCAUGUGCAAACAGGAUGCAGAGACAGAUACAAAGAGAUGUAAUGAGGAAUUCUUUGGUGGAAGAGAUGAAGGACAAAUCAAGUCCACUCUUUGAAGUUUGUAAUACUGUUUCCUUCUGAUGGAUCAAGAUGAGGAUGAUAUAAGCCCAGUAGAGGACCCGAAUGAGGAUGUGAGCUCAGGAGGCAAACUUCAGGAUCAAAACGAGGAUAGUAUAAGCCCAGUAGAGGAUCAGCAUGAAGGUGUGAGCUCAGGGAGUGAACUUCAGGAUCAAGAUGAGGAUAAUGUAAGCCCAGUUGAGAAUCAGAAUGAAGAUGUGAGUUCCGGGGGCGAACUUCACGAUCAAGAUGAGGAUAACAUGAGCUCAGAGGAGGAGCUUCAAAAUGUGGUGGAGGAUGGAAGAGAUCUAAAUGAUCUGUCUAGCAUGAA